ACCCCAAUCCCUUGAGAGAGAGAGAGAGAGAGAAUGCAGCGGGAGAAGCUGAAAUGUAAGAAUCUGCACGAAUACAUGAGGAGCCUGAGUCCCAGUAUUCUCGACAAACUCUACAACCACCCGGCUACCUGCCUGGCCGUCUUCAGGGAGCUGCCGGUGCUGGCUCAGAAUUACGUCAUGAGGCUGCUGUUCCUGGAUCAACCGUUGCCGCAAGCCGCCGUUACCUUCUGGGUGAAGAAAGACAAGCAACGGUACUCCACCCACGCCCCCCCCCCCCCCCAACGCUGUGCUCCAUCCUGAGCUGCCUGCCUUGCCGUGCCCUCCACCUCGCUCGUUCAAACAUCACUCCCCGCCGCAAC